AUGGCAUCUUCGGACUCUGGUGGCGAGGACUGGAUGGAGCUGUGCCAGGAGCCGGCUGCCAAGCCUGCCGUGAAAGAGCGCGCAGCGCCACCGGCAAAGCUUGCGACAGUGCCUGUCAACAAGGGUCAGCCCACCAUGCCUCGCAAAGAGGCAUCGUCCGCAUGGAAAGCAUGGAUGCAGCCAAGGCCUGGAUCCAGCGAGCUGGGGCACACUGAGACUCCACCACCCAAAGCCAGAAAAGACAAGCAAGCUUGGGAGAAGCACACGGCGGCAGCGGCACAAGCCGCCAAAAAGGCAGCUGAGGCAGCUGAGGCGUCCGUGCGGCUGGCACACAUGGCUGCGCAACAAAUGGCCCAGACCAUGGCCAACCGAGUUGCAGCAGGCUCCCGGACCAGCCGCGCGCCUAACAAGGCUGAGCAGCCCACCCCGCCAAAACACUCACCACCGGCUGCUCUGCCAACAGAAAGUCCUCAGCAGGCAAAUCCGUUGAAAAGAGCUUUGUCCUUCCAAGCAGAGACACCUGAGCAAGCUUCUCCAGAGGAGCCACAGCAGGAACCAACCAAGGAGGCAUCGGCGGGGUCAGCGCCUGGCAAGGGUAAGAAAGACAGGGCCGCUCGAUUCACCGCUGGGACAUUUGCAGGGAAUCGGCCACCAGCCAAAGCAGAUCUGCGCGAGACGUUUGAUUUGAAGAAGAAGGUGUUUGAGGAGUGCAGGGAUGAGCUGGUGAAGAAGUACCCAGGCAAAUGCGGCAUUCUUGGCAAGACGAAGGCGCAGACAGCUUACUGGACCUUCUUGCAGUCCCACAUUGGCAAGACCAAGGCCAAGAGCAAGACCAAGAUGUCUCAAGCAGAGGCGCGCGACUGUGUUCGUGAGGCCAGCCAGCUUUGGAAAGCGCAGAUGGAAAAAUCUCUGUGCAAGAAGAAGUAG